UACCUCUUCUUGCUUGCUGUGUUGCUGUUGGGGCUUGUGGGAAAUAGACAUGGAAACUGAUGCGCUGUCUCUGUGUCCCUGGUGUCUUCUAUCAACUUUGAUAAGCAUGGCAAACCGAUAACACGGUGUGAAUCGCCAUGUCAGAUCUUCUGCUCGGAGAAAUGGAGGAGCGCACUCUGCACCAGCCGACCAAGGACGCGGGGCACGGCAGGAGUUUCCUUUUGGUGGACGAAAACGAGAAGCUGCAGGUACGGGAUGAGCUGGAUUUCCUGGAGAGGCUGGACUGCCAGGCGGUGGAGGGGGUCAAGGUGCUCUCCAUCUUCGGGAACACGGGCGAUGGGAAGUCCCACACGCUGAACCACUGCCUGUUCGGGGGAGAGGAGGUGUUCCCCACCUCACCCCUGCAGGACUCCUGCACCGUGGGUGUGUGGGCGGCCUUCGAGCCUGCGCUGGGGCUGGUGGCGCUGGACACGGAGGGGCUCCUGGGCGCCAGCAGCAGCCAGAACCAGCGCAUGCGACUGCUGCUCAAGGUGCUGGCGGUGUCGGACGUGGUGGUCUACCGCACGCGGGCCGAGCGGCUGCACAACGACAUGUUCCAGUUCCUGGGCAGCGCCUCCAGCGCCUACCUGCGCCACUUCACCCGCGAGCUCCGUGCCCUGUCAAGCCGCUGCGGGCUAGAGGUUCCCCUGUCCAGCCUGGGCCCAGCCGUCAUCGUCUUCCAGGAGACCUCCAGCACCAGGCUGCUCGGCUGGGAGAGCAGCACGCCCGGUCAAGCGGACAUCCUGCUGCAGAAGCGCUUCCACGAGCUGGGGCUGUCCACCGAGGCGUUCUGCUCCGUGCAGUACGUGGGCACGCAGACCGUCAGCUCCCCCACAGACUACUCGGGGCUGCUGAGCGCCCUCAAACAGCAAGUGAGGAACACAGCCACGCGCUCGCCCAGACCCCCUGCCAUCGUCUACAGCGCACUGCAGGCUCUGAGUGAUCGGUUCAGCGGAGAGAUCUCGGUUGAGAAAGUCAAUCUGUACUGUUUCUUCCCUGACGAGUAUUUCACCUGCUCCUCUGUCUGUCUGAGCUGUGGGGUGCGUUGUAAGAAUGGCAUGAAUCACCUGAGAGACAACAUUCCUCACCUGGCUGAGGGCCUGUGCCAGUAUGCACACCAGUACAACAACAAGGUGCUCAUCUGUAAGAAAUGCUACGAAGGAGGCAGGGAGGUGAUUGUGAUCCCUAAAACAUCAGCGUCCAAUGAGAAUCCCUGGUUUGGACUGGCUGUGUAUGCCUGGUCAGGGUACGUGCUGGAGUGCCCUUGCUGUGGGAUUAUCUACCGCAGCCGGCAGUACUGGAUUGGGAACCAGGAUCCGGAGAGCUGCGUGGUGCGGCCCGAGGUCAAGCACGUCUGGCCCGGGAGCGAGACGUUCUUGACGGACCAUCGGAACGCAGCGCAGCGCAUGUUGGACGGGAUGAACUUUGUGAUCCAGUCUGUCUCUGAUUACAGCUCAGGACCCACCAAAGCUGUCACAGCCUGGAUCACUGACCAGGUGGCGCCACCCUACUGGAGACCAAAUGCAGACAUUACUGCCUGCUCGGGGUGUGAAAAGCUGUUUGAAGAGCCCGAGAGGAAGCACCACUGCCGGGCCUGUGGGGAGGGCUUCUGCCAGGCCUGCUCCAGCAAGACCAUGCCGGUGCCGGAGAGGGGCUGGGGCAGCGCGCCCGUCCGUGUCUGCGAUUCCUGCUACCGCCAAGGAGGAGGGGGGAGCGAUGUUUCCAGAACUGAGCCGGUGGGUCUGAUGGCUCGCAAGGUGACAGAGGUGGCUCAGAGCACGGUGGACUUUGUUUCUACUGCGAUAGACUAUCCACUUGGUUUCAUUAAGGGAGUGGCCCGGCCUGACUACUGGGUUCCAGACCACGAGAUCCAACAAUGUGGGCACUGCAGUAAAGCGCUCUUCCCCAGGAUGUCAAAACACCAUUGCCGGGCCUGCGGGGGCGGGUUCUGUGCCCAGUGCUCGAGCGCGCGGCGCCCGGUGCCAUCCCGCGGCUGGGACCACCCUGUGCGGGUCUGCACCCACUGCAGCCAGAACAAAGGGGAGCUGUAGGCAAGCCACUCGGGCACUUUCAUUAGCUUUCCUUUUUAAAGCGAGUCAGAUUUUCUAUUGCUGUUGAUAGGCCCGUGGACUAGUUGUUCAGAUGCAUUGGGGGGUGUGUUUUCUUUUGAAAUACAAAACUCUUUAGAUUCUGCACAUGCUGAAUUUAAUAAUAUUGUUUCUUGGUGCAAGCAAAAAAUUGGAAGCAGACUAAAAGUAAAGGCACUCGAGUUGUCGUAAUUGUGCAAUCAGGGGUUCUGAUUUUCCAAUAAAAACACUUGCCUGUGCUUGGUGCCGUUCAGUGUUUGGCUGCAAUAGAGGGAAGGUGAACACUGUAAUUCCUGUCUGUUAGGUUUUUUUAUUUGAGCAGUUUGCAGGACGCCUCCAAAUAAACAGGACGUGAAAAAAUAAACGCAGAAAAUGGUGUACCAGCUAGAAAAAGUUUGAGAAACCAUGAAAAGGGACACAUCUGAAGUUAUGGAUGAUUUAUUUUCAAGAACAUUCAAUCAGAAUUCAUAGGUAAAAAUAAAUAAACAGGCAAACGUUCGUUCACUGAAGGCGGCAAAGUUUUCUACUUGACACAACUUUCUAGUUUUACCUGGGGGUGGUACUUGUACCUUUUUAAGAAGUAUUCAAUAAAUCCAUGCAUUAAUGUGUAGAUUGAUUUUCAGUGUCAUUUAUGGCUUAGGUACGGCACUCCGGAUGAGAGGAAAAUUCGCUUCCAAUCAGCUUUAAAACACGCAAUGCAGAAGUUAAUUGCCAUUGAUUGGUACUCUGUUGUAAAGAUGAGGGAAGGACCGCUUUUGUUUUGAAAUCAACACAUUCAUUGAUCUAAUACUUGCUGAUUUAAACACUACUUAAAGGUGAUUCUGAAUGUCAGCACACCCUAGUUUUGACCUUAUCUGGCAUAUCCUGGUCGUGCAGAGUUUCUUAUCUUUGCUUCAGUCAGUGUAGCAUUGCACUCCCUCUCAAGUCCAGGAUAAAUCUGAGAUUGAUUAGCAUCACUGUGCCACAGCACCCCCUAGUGGUCAGGCUCAAGGCUUGGCCAAGCAGAGAAUGGCUGCAUGUUCACCAGGGCUCAGCACUGUUUCAGUUGGUUUGGUGAAAAGAUGCGGCUGACUUUUAGAAUCUAAUUCUAAAAGUCUUUAAUCUUUAAUGCUAGAAUCUGGAGACAGUGUGUGAACCCACUGUGCACUUCUGGGGCUCUGAUUCCAAUGCAUUUAUAUAAUCCGGGCAACAACAGGUUUUGCCAUAGACACGACUCCCAGCACAGUUAACAAAAUAGAAAACACAAUGAACACAAAAUUAGGAAGUGGUUAACUAGUUAAUCAUUGUACAGCGAUUAAAACAAGAACUGCUUUGGAUAAUCCAUUUCUAUGUACAUAGUAAUUAGUAUGUAUUAAUAAUAAUAAUAAUAAUAUUAUUAUGCACCUUUCUUUUUCCAGCUUUGGUAUAUAAAUAGUCAUCUGUAUAUUUUUACCUAAGUGUAAGAA